AUGGUGCUAGAUUUUUAUUUCUUGGAUAUGUUGCCAAGAUGUGAUUUUAUGAUCAUAAGAGUUUCCGCAUCUAAGCUGUUUGAUAUAAUUCCUGUUGAGGAAUAUUCACUUGAUGUUAAGGCUUGCACUACUGUUCUUCAUGCUUAUGCUCGAACCGGGAAGUAUAAACGGGCUAUUGAGAUCUUUGAGAAGAUGAAGCAGACUGGUUUUGAUCCAACUUUGGUUACUUACAAUGUUAUGCUUUAUGUAUAUGGAAAAAUGGGGCGGUCUUGGAAUGUAAUUUUGGAGUUGUUGGAUGAGAUGAAGAGUAAAGGGCUUGAGUUUGAUGAGUUUACGUGUAGCACUGUGAUAUCGGCUUGUGGGAGAGAGGGUAUGCUUGAUGAAGCAAGGAAGUUUUUUGCUGAUUUGAAAUCGAGUGGAUAUAAACCUGGAACCGUUGUGUAUAACGCUAUGCUGCAUGUUUUCGGGAAGGCUGGAGUUUAUGUAGAGGCUUUGAACAUCUUGAAAGAAAUGGAGGAUAAUCACUGUGUGCUAGAUGCCAUUACUUAUAAUGAGCUUGUGGCAGCCUAUGUAAGAGCCGGGUUUCAUGACAAGGGUGCUGCUGUCAUUGAUACAAUGGCAAGCAGAGGAGUUAUGCCGGAUGCUAUAACUUACACCACUAUAAUAAACGGCUACCGUAAAUUGGGAAACGAGGACAAGGCUUUAAAGGUGUUUGGUCGAAUGAAGGAGUUGGGCUGUGUUCCGAACAUAAGCACAUACAAUUCUGUUCUUGCAAUGCUAGGCAAAAUGUCGAGACCAGAAGACAUGAUUAAUCUUCUCCGUGAAAUGAAAUUGAAUGGAUGUCCUCCUGAUCGUAUAACGUGGAACACGAUGCUUGGUGUAUGUGGUGCGAAGGGUAAGCAAAAAUAUGUUAACCAGGUUUUAAGGGAAAUGAAAAUUUCUGGAUUUGAGCCUAGCAAAGACACGUUCAAUACAUUAAUUAGUACCUAUGGACGGUGUGGAUCUGAAGUUGAUGUUGCCAAAAUGUACGGCGAAAUGAUUACGGCAGGCUUUACUCCAUGCAUGACCACAUACAAUGCUCUUCUUAACGCACUUGCUAGGCGAGGUGAUUGGAAAGCGGCAGAGUCUAUCAUUUCUGACAUGCAGAAUAAGGGCUUUAAGCCGAACAAAACUUCGUACUCGCUUUUGCUUCAUUGUUACUCUAACGCUGUUGUCAAUGAGUUUUUUCUUUUGUAUGUUUUUUUUAUCAGUGAUGUCAAACAAAAUCUUGAGUUCAAUUACAAUUGUUGUCAAUGA